AUGGUCAACGGGUCGCAGCAGAUGACGUCCGUCAUGAUGGACAAGGCGCACAAGACGCGCGUGUCGUCGGCGAUCCAGAUUGACUUUGGCGACAACGCGCCAACCCCGGUGGUCACGGUCGAUGCAGUGGAGGCGCCCGAAGCCUUUGCGUCGGUUGCGGCCGCGACGCCCGAGAACCCGUGGCUCGAUGCGACGGCGACCAAGAAGCGCAAGAAGCCGCGCAACCGCAAGAAGGCGGUGGCCGAGUCGGCGACGAUCGGGUCGGCGAUUGCAUCGCUCGCUGCACCGACGUCGGAAGCGCCGGCAACGGCCAUCCUCGGCCCGUCGGCGGCCGAUAUGAAGAAGCGCAAGGCGGCCGACACGACGACGCCCGCGGCAAAGAAGGCCAAGACGACCGACGCCAACACCAAGACGACCGACGCCAACACCAAGGCGAACGCCAAGUCGGAGGCCAAGGCCGAGACCAAGAGUGAACCCAAGACGACGACGACGACGCAGAAGAAGCCGACGACGUCGUCGGCGGACCUCGCGCAGGACGAGCUCGUGCGCCGGGCGUUUGCGUUUGCGGACGAGGGCGACGACGAGAUUGGCGCGGAGAAGGACCGGAUCGCGGCCGAAGACGGCGAUGCCAAGUCGGGCGCGGAAGUGGCCAAGCUCACGGGCAUGACGGGCUGGGGCUCGUGGGCCGGCGAGGGCGUCAAGACGUCCAAGCGGCAACUCGCGCGCCUCGAGCAGGCCAAGGCCGUUGCCGCGGCCGCCAAGCUCGCGGCGCUCAACAAGCGCAAGGACGCCAAGCUCUCGCGCGUCCUCAUCAACGAGAAGAAGGACAAGAAGGCCGCCAAGUUUAUGGUGGCGAGCGUCCCGUAUCCGUUCACGUCGCGCGAGCAGUACGAGCUUGCGAUGCGCAACCCGCUGGGCGCGGAUUGGAACACGACCAAGUCGGCCAACGCGCUCACGGCGCCCGAGGUCAUGCUCCGCGCGGGCCAGAUCAUCCAGCCGCUCGUGCUCACGAACCAGGAGAAGGCGGCCGCCAAGACGGACGCGGCCAAGGCCAAGAGCAAGGCCACCAAGGCGCAGCGAAAAGCCAAAUUUUAAAGACAAUAGCAUCCAUUUCGUACUAGACGACGAGUCAUACGA